AUGUGCCUUGAUUACAGGCAAUGGGAACUAUAUCUUGUUGAGAUGGAAAACACCAGUUUUUUAGUGCAGGAACUUAAGUGUAUAUGCGGCGAGCGUCAAGCACUGAGUAACGAGCUGGACCUGUUCCUGCGACAGCUGGUGCUGCUGAAGACGACCUCCUCACCACUUGAUAUUUGCACAAUGAAUAGAGAUUUGACCUUCAAAAUUUUAGGUGCCCUUUUAAGCUAUUUAGUGAUCAUGGUGACGUACGGACCUGAAUUCCAGUUGUCUUCGCUGGUCCAAAAACAAAGCAAGUGGAUUUUCUUG